GCAGUAAGCCCCAAGAGGCGGGUUGCAGUCUGCCAUUAAUGUCGAAGAAGAAGUCGUGGAGGAGGUGGGUGAGGGGACAUUUUUUUUGGAAAUCGUUUUUUGGUUUGUGGACUUACAACGGCGCUGUUGCGAUUAAAUGGCCUAGAAGUUGGGUCUGGCUGCGUGCCUCCUCUAUUGUGCAUGCGUUUGGUUUAUGAGCUGCAGUUAAGCCUGUUGCCGCAGCUCGUACUCCAGAGGAGCAGCAGCAACAGCAACCAUCCCCACCAGCUCAUCCACGUCACCUGGAGACUCUGGCAGAGUGAGCAGGAUGGAGACCUCAUUUGGCCCUACCUUUUCAGCUGUGGCUGCUGGAACAAAAGAGGGGUCGAGCAGUUACAAGCAACACCGAAGAACUCCAUCCACCUCCAGCACUCUGACCUACUCCCCACGUGAUGAUGACGACGUAAUGCCUCCCAUUGGUACUCCUCGGAGGUCAGAUUCCGCUGUUUCAGUCCGGUCUCUCCAUUCAGAGUCCAAUAUAUCGCUGCGCUCCACCUUCUCUCUACACGAAGAAGAGGAGGACACGGAGCCACAGGUGUUUGCUGAACAGCCUUCAGUAAAACUGUGCUGUCAGCUGUGCUGCAAUGUCUUCAAGGACCCCGUCAUCACCACGUGUGGGGUACGAUUUCCUCCAGCCUUUCCAUCUUUUCAACCUUACACUUAUAACUAAGAAAUGUUAGUCACAGUUUUGUUUCAUCUUCAGCUUAAAUAAUGGGCAUUGUGCUAUAGAUGUUGUUUUGCUGUUUGUUUUCUUAGAUUGCCCAUAUUGAAAGGGUAUUUUGGUCCAAGUUUUUAUAAAAUAAAUAAAAUAAGCUAUAGUGAUUUUCACUUAAGUCAUGUGCAUACGUUUUGUCUAAAGACUUAUUUAUUUGUGUGUUGCUGCUAUCCCAGUCCAAGAAGAUGAAUAAAACUGCAUUUGUGGAAACGUCACUUAAAAAAAAACAAAAAAAAAAACAAGCCAGCAACUAUGUAUUGACAAGUUAGUAAUCAAAAUAAAUCCAGACUUCACUUUGAA